GAGAAUUGUUACUCGUGUACAAAAUUGAUUCGUCAAAAACUUGAAAAAGUUUUCUUUAUUGAAAAAGAUGUUUAUGAUUCACAUCUGCUUGUAUAAUUCAAGCCAUAAAUGGCUCGUCCUGUAGUCCAAUUGCUCGUCUUAUUGCUCGCAAUCCCGGCUCAAUAUUUGAUUACAAUUUGGAGCUCACAAACCACCAACGAUUCUUCCAUCAAAGUCCGAAAGCUUGUAACUACCUUGAGUGAUUUUGGUAAAAAAUGGAUUCAACCAAAAACAUGGCUGGACGAGUUGAAAAGGCUAUGGUUUUACCUGACAGACAACAGAGGUGAAUGCGUCGCAGUGGAAGUGAUGAAAUAUCGUAGCAAUGUCGGGUAUUUUGCCAAUAGCCCUCGACCGAGACAUGAAAGACCUCCUAAAAUGAAGUAUAGGAUUGGUCAAGUAUUUUUGCACAAGUCUGCUGGUUACCAUGGCGUCAUUGUUGGCUGGGACGAUCAUGCCAGGGCAACUGAUACCUGGCUUGAAAAUGUAUAUGGCAGGGAAGCUGCAGAAAAAAGACUGGAACCUCAUUAUGCUGUUCUGCCCGACCAAUCAGAAAAUGACAAUUUACAUGCUUAUGUCAGUCAAGAUGACAUAGAGAUUGUCCUCAAUAGAAAGAUUGAAAACAGUCUUAUCGACGAUUACUUUGAAGCUUUUAACGGAAUUGGGUACGAGCCUAGGCAAUUCUUGAAGAAACUGUAUCCUAAAGAUUAAUCAAAACCGUAUCCUUGGAUAUUUGAAUAAUUUGUACAGAAGCCACCUGAAAUCAUUUGUAUUAUACAAAAUAUAAUUGAAAUGCUCUCAAUAAGAAUGAUUUAUAUUGUUAUUGAAAGCGGUAAAAACGACUACAAAACGUCGA